AUGGCACCCGGGCCGCCUCCCUUCGGCUACACUUAUCAUCUCAGAUUGCCUCCGAACGUUCGCCCCAAGACCAACCACACUGUCACCAGCGACUCCUUUGAGGACUCCACUCAUUACACCAGACCGCCUUUGAAUCUCGAAUCUUGGGUCAAUCACAAUGUCAACACCACCCCAUCCGAUCCUCUGAACAACACCCAGAACUCUUUCCUCCACUUUUGGGUGUUCCCUGCAAGGGCCUGGCUUGGUCGUGACGAUUGGUUGGACUUUCAAUACACCAGCAUGUUCAUUGUCACAGAUGUGACAUACAUCUUGGCAUUCGUGUCGCUCCUGAUCCAGGACAAGAAAAGUAUGCCCAUCGACCUUGAGUUCGGAGCUUACAGCAUUCGACUCCAGGCCGUGUUGAGCGAACGAGCACGUGCUUUCCAAACACCUGUUUCGGAGACGCGUGGUCGUCUGAAUAUCUUUCCGACAUACCAAAACCAGAAUGGACGUACAAGGAAGGUUCUUACACACGGAGACAGCGCGGACCUGUCGAUGAUUUCGAGUCUUCAGUGGUGUAGAUGGUUUCCAUGA